AUAGAUUCUUUGACUUCACAUUCUUGAUCAUUUUUCUAGAAUACUAAUAAUUACAGUUAUAUCAACUAGUUGUUUGAUAGUUUCACACACAACACAACACAAACCAAUUCCUCUUCUUCUUUCUCCUCCAAAGAAAGAACAAAACAUCAUACAUAACAUAACCUACCAUGACAUGUAACACAACAUCAUCAUCAUCAUCAACAACCUCAAACUAAUCACCCCCUUCCAACCAUGAUCAUGGACAGAACCGACUCACCAACCCGCGACCAAAAAGUCGUAUCAAUCGAAUGCCUAAAAGGAAGCUCCAAAGCCGACGAAUGGACCGGCGACAUGCUUCAAACCGGCGACAUAGUCGAAGAGCUUCGCAUCGGAGCAAAAUCAAACUCCCUCAUCCGGUUCAACUCACCUUUCAAAAAUGGAAAAUCUGGAAUCCAGAAGAUUCUUCAAGAAGCUUUCAAGAAAAAGGAAACAUCGAUCAUGAUCCGUGUUCGAAGAGGCUUAGAUGAAUUUGCGGAGCUUCAAGCGUGUAUUGUUCCGAAUGAUUCCUCCGGGAAGAAACAGUUUGUUCUGAGAUCCAUUUCUGACCCGAAUUAUGUUGUCGGGUUUCUGGAUCGAACCGAAGUUGAAUGCUUUGAGAUUCAAGGUUCAAGGAGCAGUAGGAUGGUAAAUGCACUAACGAGGACGAAACUACAGGACGGAUAUGUUUCUUAUCCAUGGGAGAGAAGGAUGCAGGAGAUGCUAACAGUUCCAAAUUCAAGCAAUUUUCUUUCCAUAUUACUCCUACCAAAAGCUUCCGAUAGAGUAGCAUCGCGCUACAAUGAUCUGGAAGAUACCCUAGCACGAGCAAAUGCUUGGAUCAAUGCAGGUCAAGCUUCAGGUGUCCCUAUUGUCUUCAUGAACAUUCAAACCGAGUCGCUACUUACUAAGAUAUCUGGGGAGACAGCUUCUUCCACUGUGAAUGCUGGCUCUCUUGCUGACUUAUCUAACCUAGCAAAUGCAAGUCUUUACGGCUUUGAGGAUUACCAUGGAAUAGACAUAGGCGUUGUUCGAGCCGUGCGGUUAUGGUAUGCUCCUGUCGGAGGAGAGCUUUCUAUGGAGAUUAAACUAAAAGAAGAGGACUCGAAACUCGGAUUCGCCAUUAGCCGUACAGAAGAGGGAUUUAUAUUCAUUUCAUCAGUGAUUAAUCAAGAAAACGUACCUGCUACGCGUUCGGGGCUAAGCAGUCUAUAUAAAUUAGCAACAGAUACUUGUAGAUUAUUGGUAGUUUCAAGAGUGUCAAACCAAAAAGUACUUCCAUGGAUGGUAUCUUCAACAGGAGCGAUUCGAUGUUACGACACAGUUUCCUUAAGCCAGAAGCUAUCUUUGCACAGACACACUAGAGUUCCAAUUCUCCUUCAUGUCUUCCUUUGGGACAGAUCGUUGGUUAAUUCGAGCGGUGGAAGCAAUAGAUUCAGAGCUUUAUCUCCGCCUGUGAUGCAACCAUUACCAUCCGAAGUUCAAAUUGGUCGCUUUUCGAACGAAACUCAUACACUUCCAUUGCCUCCAGAAGCUUCUGAUCCAACUGAUAUCACUAGUGAAGUUUCGCACUCGAGGCUCGAGAGAGACACAGCUGGUGAAGCCUCUUUCAGAUUUCAUGACUUCUCUUUAUCUAGCAAUUGGGUAUGAUAUAAAUUAUACAUAUUUGGAGAUUAUGAUUUUGUUGUUUGUUUUUGUAAUGUACAUAAAUACAAACUAUAUACAUUACAUUGGACUUGUAGAACAAUGAAGCAAUGCAUAUAGAGUUGGUUAUAUACUUUAGAAAAAAAUGACCUUUAUUUUGUCUGCUCUGUAGUUUAUGAUCUUGAUAAUGUACUCUAUUGUGCUAAGUAGUAAGAAAUUUAUUUAGUAGUAGACUAGUUUUUAAGAGAGUAGAAUUGGAAUGAAUAAAUGUAAUUAGUUGUCUAUGUGAGGUUGGAAUUUUAUAUUCCUAUAAUUAUAUGGUCCCAUUUUAUCUCAUAAA